AUGGAACAUCUUCAAAGAAAAGAAAAACAAAAUUAUUAUACUUCUGGCACACAGCACAAAGGUGGUAAUGAACGUCCUAACAAAAUUACUGCGGCUGUAUCAAAAAAGGCUGGAUGGUCAGAAUAA